AGUGACGCUGCGAUCGCCGCACGCGCUGUCCAGACUAAACAUAUUCGAAUUACUUUAUCGGUCGCGACCUCUUUGGUUCGAAUCAGUGCGUCGGACCUCCUCGGUGGAAUCAAUCGAAAAAAAAAACAAGCGUGAAUGUGGCAGUUUUUGGCGCGAAAUAAACAAGUAGCAGCCAUGCUUGGUGUGCUAGGCGUGGCGGCCAUUGUGGUUAUAGUCCUCAGUACCAAGGGAUCCAGUCAUUACCUGGUGGAGAACCAGCCUGAAGAAACUGACGAUAUUAGCAAUGAUCCACACAUUUUUUCCACUUACACAUUACCAGGUGAAGACCGCUUUAUGCCCUCCAUAGGAAAUGGGCAUGUAGCCACCAACAUCUUUAGUGAUACUGUCUAUAUGAAUGGCCUGUACAAUGGCCGUAAGGGCGUAAGUCGCCGAGCCAGAAUACCUGGCUACGCCAACAUUCGUUUAAACUCUACAUUGACCCAUUUUCCUUUUAAGCCAGUUUAUAGUUUAGACACAAGAGACGGCGUUUUCAAGGUUCGCGUAGACAGAGACAGAUCAAUUGUUACCCAAAGGAUAUACGCUCAUAGGUUUUAUACCAGAGCUAUAGUGAAUCAAAUUCAAGUAGUCUCUAAGCCCCAUGUCGAUCCUAACUUUAUGCACCACGAGAUCUGGAUAGCCGUAAAACUAAUGCCUGGACCUACAAGCAAUGAUAUAACAUUUGAGGACCCGAUUCCCGAAAUAUACGAUGGCCGAACUAUAUGGAGUUCCUGUGGGCAAACGAAAGAGACCGAGGAUCCUUCAUACCAGCCACUCCCUGUGGAUGUUUGUGUUUAUUGGACAUCAGUGCCAGACCAUCUGGUGGUCCCACAGCAUGGAUCCAGGGUAUUCACGUUUGCGAUGACUGUGGACAAUAACAAAACAAUCGCUAGGGAAGAGCUACUACAAGUAUUGCAGGAGGAUGGCGAAGAGUUGUACCAGAAGCAUGUGGAACCUUGGCAUCAGUUGUACUACCAGUCUGGGUUUGACAUCGAGGGAAAUCUGAAUCUGUCCAAAAUAGUCAACGGGAUCUGGUACUAUUUCCUGAGCUCGCUACCUUCGGAGGAAUCUCAUCAACCUUUGAACCGGUACUUCGGAUUGAGUCCUACAGGACUCGCUAGAGGUGGCACCUUUGAUGACUAUGAAGGACACAACUUCUGGGACACUGAAAUGUGGAUGUUCCCCUCGAUUCUCCUGAUGUAUCCUCAAUACGCGAAGAUUCUGCUGCAGUAUCGGCUAGACAACGCGUAUGUGGCUGCACAGCUCGCUAAAUUAACGGGGAACAAAGGUUACAGAUACCCAUGGGAAAGCGCCUACACAGGCGUGGAGGUGACUCAACCAUGCUGUCCUGAAGUGGCCGAGUUUCAGCAGCACAUCACAGGGUGCAUCUCCUUCGCAGUACGACAGUAUUUAGCCACUACAAGAGACGAGGAUUGGCUGAAGCACGGUGGCUGUUCAAUAGUUACCAACAUUGCUGACUUUUGGGCAUCACGAGCAGUUAUCAACUAUAACACAGGACUCUACGACAUUGCGAAUGUGAUGGGCCCAGAUGAAGAUCACAGCAAUAUUACCAAUUCUGCAUUCACAAACGUAGUCGCUGGAUAUUCACUAUAUUUGGCGCAAUACGUCGCAUGCCUUUGCAAGUCCUACUACAUGGCGAAAGACCCGGACCACUGGGCGGACAUCGCGUGGAGCCUCUCGCUACCCUACAACGAGGAGUUGGACUACCACCCGCAGUUCCAAGGAUAUCGAAGAGGGGAGAGCAUCAAGCAAGCUGAUGUGGUGCUUCUGGGAUUCCCCUUACAGUAUCCGAUGAACAGGACUACCAGAGUCAACGAUCUUUCAUACUACGAGUCGGUAACGCGUGGCAGUGGGCCCGCUAUGACGUGGAGCAUGCACACCAUUGGACACUUGGACUUGGAAGACAACCUGAGGGCAGCUCAACUGUUCAAUAAGAGCUAUUUGGGAUAUGUGAGAGAACCAUUUAAGGUGUGGACCGAGCUUCGCAGACCCAAUGUUGGGGCCGUGAAUUUCUUCACGGGGAUGGGGGGUUUCUUACAGACUCUAGUCUUUGGUUACGCGGGGGUACGAGUCCAUCUGGAUAGACUCGAGAUCACCAGGCCUCAAUUGCCUCCUGAGGCCACCAAGUUUAGGGUCCGAGGCAUAAAAUACCUCGGCUCAAACCUGACGCUAGAAAUCGAAGUUAAGAGCACUUCACUGACAGUGAAUUCUCUGGACGAAGGAUCACCUUUGGUGUUCUACAACGGCCGGUACAACGUGACACUGCUGCCUGGAAUGACAGUGACUCUAUCCGGCAAGGGUCCGUUCACGAUCCGCGCUUCUCAAUGGAAGGACUGCAAGCUGCCCGACGAUACUAUAGGACAAAACUACUUGCGACCUUUUGAUUCUUAGUAUAGCAGUUAUAAGGUACAGUCAGCGUCAAAUACACUGGUCAUCACAAAAAUCGGCCCACCUACGUUUUACAGGAAAACUCGUUUCUACUGACACAAUCAUGGUGCCCCAACAAUAUUGGUGUUAUUUGGAAGCCCAAUAAAUAUCCUUAAAGAAAAACACAUUUAAUUUCUUAAUAAACGAUUAACAUAUACAAUAAAUGUGACUUGAAAAUAGACUUCACUUUGGGCUUACCUCUGGGAUCAAUGAGACCAAUUUUUAUGGUUAUACGGGGGGUCGAUUUUUGUGAUGACCAGUGUAGUUCGUGACACCCAGUCACCAAAAAGUUGAUAACACAUCUUAUUUCAACUGUCACAAAAACGUGUUGCGAACCUUUUGGUUACUUUGGUUGUCAUGAACUAUUUGACGCUGACUGUACUGUUCUUUAGCUUUUACGAUUCGUCGAUGUUAUAGUAAAAAAUCAAACUGAGAAUUUUGAUUUUUUACACAAAAUUACAUGAAUGGUGUACUACGAAAACCCUUGGGAGGUCGUUGCUGUAAUUUAUUUAAGAAAGAUAACUGUUAAUUUAUUUAAAAUUAAAAAUAAACAAGUGUGUUUAAUGUAGGUAGGUAAGUAUAAUAAAUAUUUUUGUGUUGUCAACUAUCAAAAAACUUCUUGUAAGUAUGUAUUCCUAAAUAAAUUGUGUCAUAUAAAUGUGUCCAUGAAAAAGAAAUAAUAAAGUCUAGUCUAAUAUUAUAAACGCGUUGUCAUUUUACUACUUACCUAUAUAUUUCAUUCUGAAUAUUUUUUAUUAGCUGGGCUUUUACAAAAAAUAAAACAUAUUUUGACAUUAAAUAUACUUAUUUAUUUACAAAGUACUUACAAAAAUAUGAACUCUAUCACGUCAUUUUUAAUAUCAUUUAGGAAAUGCCACAACAAUUUAUUGUACUUCACAUAUAAAAGAUUUAUGAUUUACUCCUCCAUAAAAAAUGAGUAAAUGGGAUAAGGAAUUAAGAAUGAAGGUACCCAAAAUUGUACUUAUUAUCCAGAAUCAGUAUCACAAAGACUUUUCAUAAAUAAUAAUAAAUAUUGUGAUAGCUAGUGUAAUAAUUUAGGUAUCAUUAUACACUUUUAUACAGGAUAGUUGAAACAGACUUAUAUUACAUUUUAGAGACUUAAGGAUAUUUUUUCUAUACAAACAACAAUAAUAAUGUCAAAGACAUUCGUAUUAUGUAAAACAUUUCUGGUGAUUGUAGAUUCAGAAUUAAGUAAAAUUACGGAUAUUAUUAAAAACCAUAAAUAAAUAUGCUAAUACGAUGUAUAAAAUAGAAAAUAUACAAGAGUUUCAUUUUCAUUGUUUCUCGUUACUUUACCUAAACACUGGCAUCUUAUGCAAUUUUAAUAAGUACUUAAUCAAAGAGUCCAAAAAUCUCUUAUGUCUUCGACUGUACAUUAAUUAACCUCAAAAAAGUUAGUUGCACUUGACACAACAGGUGCAAAUGGCACUUAGCUCGCAAAUUAUGCACAUUACGUAACCGCGACAAAUCUGAACGAACAAAAAACGAAUGGACCAUUGCGAAAUUUUGCAUAACUACGCUGUAUUAGCUUUGACGUUCAUACACGUGCGUAUUCUGUAGUAAUUGUGAGUUGUUUUGCGUCAUGCAAAAGACCCAAUGGAGUAAUAGAUUGCCUUGAGUAGAGUAAGUAUUUUAGCUCACGAGUUCGAUUACCUACUAUUCGGAUCAAAUUAGAAAACGAUAUUUUUAAGAAAUUUCUUCGUCUCUGGAAUCUUUUAGCUCAUGUAAACACAUAGAUUACAGUUUCUCGGCUAAAAUCAAAUCAAAAAUUAUAGAAUUCUUGUUAGCAAAUCUAUCUCAAAGUAUAAAUAAAAAUCCCAUUAAUUCUAUUUUUUCAUACAAAAACGUACUGAAACCAUUAAUUCUCCAUUAAAGACAAUUUUUGUACUCUAAUGUAUUAAAAGAAAUAAAUAACUUGCCAUCAAUAUUAUUAUGAUUUAAAAAAACAUGUAAGGCCCGUGUUUCUCGUAUCAGUCCACAGACAUAAAAUACAUAACCCUCCUUCUGGUGCAGUCGGGUAAUGACACAGCCAAAAUUAUUGUAAGCCGACGACCUUUGAUGCUUGAAUAGCAAAACUGUAAUGAUUCAUACCCUUAUCAUACAAUUUUGAUGAUCAACACCUGAUAAUUCAAGUAUUGACUGCACGUGUAAUUCUAUGAAAUGUAGGUUAAACUUGGUGUCAAUAAAGUACCUACGUUUGAAUUUUACAUUGUAAUCAUAUUUUUUAUCAAUCAUGCCACUUUAUUAUUUUAACUUACGCCGGACGAUAACCUGCAGUUUGAUAACUGUUAUACAAAAAUAGUAGAGGUGAAAACAAUACGUACUUAAAGGCAAAGUCACUGUUUAAUAACAAUUUAUACAUUAACUGUAUAGGUAUACAGUUUGAGUCAUUGAAAAUACUGGAUUCUUUUUUUUACCGUCUUGAUAUUUUUACAGGAUGAAUAUAAACAACUUUCACUAUGGGACAAACUCCUAAAUCCCAAAAAAAAAUCUGCUAUUUCAUACAUUUUGGUCAAUCUGUAUGAACUUUAAUAUAAUGCAGCUGUUUUUUGUGAUUUCAUAGUAUUAUAUUUUAAAAAGAUCUGUAUUCAGAAAGUGUAUCAUGAUACGAAGUCUACAGCUCAUUAAAAUUGUAUUUUUGUUGCAAUAUAUCUUUUAUUACAAAUACAUAGAUGCCAGUGGGUAACUUUACGUGCGGUCGUUGUUAAAAACAUAGGCAAUUUAAAAUUUCAUGUAUAUCAUUAUUUCUUGUUGUUUAUAGCUUGUUAACAGUGCCUAUCUUAAUGAGAUUUGGGCUUUAUCAGAGCGUUAAUAACUAAUUUAAAUGUUAAUUAGGUGAUACUAGCACCAACAGAUAAGUGAAAAUAAGUACAUAAUUUAUUUUAAGUAACUUAUGCGUAGGUUUACGCAGUGUAAACUUAAUAUUUGUACAUUUUAUUUCAAAGAGACGAGCUUUACAAUGUUCUGUAAUAUAAAGUUACAAUAAGGGAAAACGGCUAUAAUGUUAUCUUCAAUAAUAAGUCAUAAAAUACCAACAGAAUAAUAUUAUGUACUUCAUUAUAUUUAUGCAUUAUCCCUAAACAUCCUGGUACAAUAACAAUGUAAACGGUUUUGUACUAAUUUGCUUACAUUAUCAAAAUAUUUUCAAAACAUACUUUGAGGAACGUGCGAAGUAUUUUUAGUAUUUCACAAUUGUAUAGGUACAGCCGACAGAACACGAGACUAGCACAUUUUUGUUGUAAAAUAACUCGUAUUCAAAAUACAUAAGGUACAUUGUAACCUUAUGUGCUGUCGUUUGUACCAUAGGUACUUUUCGCCUGACAAUGCGACUAGAGUUGAGAUUAAACUCCUCUAAUAUCGUUUAAAAUAAUUAAAAUUAUUAAAA